CACAGGGAGCUGCUGUCAAUACUGUGUUGCCUGUUCGGAGAGAAACCCCCUUUAUGAGCGGAGCAGUGUGUGUGUGGCGCAGCAGCUUAGAGUGGAGGAUUAAAACACACCAGAUGUGGACACCGGGAAGAACACUGGAACUGGAUUCCAAAACACGGAGGAGGAAAUGACCGAGGAGGAUGAGGGAAGAGCAGUUAAUCAGUGGCUGAAUGGGUGACAGUUUAUUAGGAUUAUUUAUUUAUCUUUGACCCGACACCGGGGGAGGAUCCCUGGUCCUCCUGGACACCAAAGCGCUGGGUUUAUGCACUCUUCCUUCCUUCAGCUUCUGCCUGACAUCAUCGGCUGGUGGCUGGGAAUGAAUCAUCGUCUUCAUCAUCAGGGGGGGUCAGGGAUGCUUUCACUGCACCCUUAAAACACACACACACAAACACACACACAUAAACGUACACAAAGCCUCACUGCUCCGGCGUUAUUUGGGAUUUGGGAAGCAUGGAGGAAAUCCUGCGGAAGCUGCAGAAAGACGCGUCCGGACACAAGCACAGAUCCCUCCGCGACGCCUGCGUCUACGCCCGCGAAACCCUGGAGUGUCAGAAUGGAUCAUUCAAGAUUUCCCCGUCACAACUCCGAGAGCGCUGCCUGCUGCCUCUACAGAUGGCUCUGGAGUCUAAAAACACCAAACUGGGACAAACAGCGCUCACUGGGAUGCAGAAGCUCCUUUGUGAGGACAGGUUUGUGGGCGGGGGCGGUGUGGAGGUGGAGGUCCUGGACAAGCAGCUGCUCAGCCAGAUGUUGGAGGCCAUAAGAGUAACCCCCUCCCUCCAUGAAGACCUGCAGGUGGAAGUCAUGAAGGUGCUGCUGUGUAUCACCUACUCCCCAAACUUUGACAUAAAUGGAGACUCCAUCCUCCGGAUCGCUGAGGUGUGUAUCAGGACAUACAUGUCCAGCUGUCACCAGCGCAGCAUCAACACGGCGGUCCGGGCCACGCUGAGCCAGAUUCUGGGAGACCUGACGCUGCAGCUCCGGCAUCGACAAGAGGGAGCCGACGGAGACGAGGUGACUCCCCCCCCAUUACACAGAAGAGAUAUUUCUCCUACCAGUCAGUCGCUUGGUGAAGAUGUGGUGACGGUGCUGACAGUUUUCUGUGAAAAGCUGGAGUCAGUGGACAGUGAUAACCAGCUGCUGCAGCUGCUCUACCUGGAGUCCAUCCUCUCCAUGCUCAGCAGCUGUCCUCCCACAAUGCACCUGUCCAGAGGGUUCACAGACCUCGUAUGGAAGCAGCUGUGUCCGUCCCUCGUGGCGAUCAUGGGAAAUCCUGUCAACGACAAAACCAUCACCUCCCACCACGGCCACAUGGGGGCGCCGGACCGCCUCUCCGACAGACUCAGUCUAGGAAUCGGCCAGGAGGUGGAGCUCUUCGGUGGGGGGGUGUCGGAUCAGGGCCGAGGGUCCGGCUGCUCCUCCAGCGCCCCCGCCAGGAUCGCGCCGGUGGUGCGCACUGUGUGCUACAUCGCGGCGGAGCUGGUGCGUCUGGUGAACUGCGUGGAGUCCAUGAAGCCGGUGCUGCAGUCGCUCUACCACCGGAUCCUGCUGUACCCCCCGCCUCAGCACCGCACCGAGGCCAUCCGCAUCAUGAAGGAGAUUCUGGGCAGUCCUCAGCGUCUCUACGAUCUGGCCGGUCCGUGCGUGGCUGAACCUGAAACCCGGAAGCGUUCAUUUUCAAAGAGGAAGUCUCACCUGGACCUGCUGAAACUAGUGAUGGACGGGAUGACGGAGGCCUGUAUGAAGGGAGGCAUCGAGGCGUGUUACUCCUCGGUCUCCUGUGCCUGCGCUCUCCUCGGGGCCCUGGAUGAACUGUCCAAGGGCCACGGCAUCCAGUCUGAGCAGGCUCGGCUGCUCCUCCGACGUCUGGAAGACCUGAAGGACGGGACGGAGUCGACCCGGGAGUCCAUGGAGAUCAACGAGGCGGACUUUAGGUGGCAGAGACACAUCCUGGCUUCGGAGCAGCCUCCCUGGGACCCCAGCUCCUCCUCCAGCAUGGCCCCCGCCGAGCGCAGCCCCGACAUCAGCAUCAGCAUCACCACCGAGACGGGCCAGACCACCGUGGACCUGGAGGUGGAGGUGGAGGUGGAGGUGGAGUUGGAGGAGCCCAGCCAAACCUUUCCAGAGGACUGUGAGGAGGACACGCAUCUCCCAUCGCCAUCGAGUGGAGAGGGGACCAAAUGUGAUCCGAACCUGGAGGUGAACCAGCGGGAGGACGGGGGAGGGGAUAAGGAGAGACCGGGAGGAGGAGAGAGAGGAGCUGUGGUUCCUCCAGAUGUGGUGCAGCGGAGUCACGGCCUGGUUUACCCCGACAUCACCAACUUCCUGUCUGUGGAGUCCAGGACCCGGCCGCACCACGGGGCGGGGUCACGAUACAGCGAGAGCAACUUCAGCAUGGAGGAGCAGGACUUGUCCCGGACCGAGUUCGACUCGUGUGAUCAGUACUCCAUGGCUGCAGAGAAGGACUCGGGUCGCUCCGACGUGUCCGACAUCGGCUCCGACAACGUGUCCCUGGCGGACGAGGAGCAGCAGACCCCGCGGGACUGCCCGGGCCACCGCUCCCUGCGCACAGCCGCCCUGUCGCUCAAAUUGCUGCGCAACCAGGAGGCGGACCAGCAGAGCGCCCGGCUCUUCGUGCAGUCGCUGGCGGCGCUGCUGCCCCGCCUGCUGGGGCUGAGCACCGCCGCCGACGUGGACCUGUCUCUGCAGAACUUCUCCUCCACCUUCUGCUCCGGGCUGCAGGCCGGGGGGAUCCACUCCCCGGGAUUCGAGGCAGGCGACACUCUGAGCUGUCAGUCUCUGAUGAACGCCGACGGGCUGUACCUGGUGUCCUACUCUGCCAUGUUGCUCAACCUCAAGCUGUGCUGCUGCGACUACUACAGGAGGAGGACGCUCGCACCCGUCCUCAGCCUGAAGGAGUUUGGCCGUCUGAUCCAGAGCAGCGGGGUUCUGGUGGUUCUGUCUCAGGCCUGGAUCGAGGAGGUGUACCACCAGGUGUUAGAGCGCAACCUGCUGGGGGAGGCUGGGUACUGCGUCUCCCAGGAGGACCACUCACUGCCCCUCAUCACCAUGCUCACAGAUAUCGACGGUCUGGGCAGCAGUGCGAUUGGAGGUCAGCUGAUCAGAAGGGCGUCCAGCCAAUCACCACUUAGCUGUGAUAGGACGAGCAGCGACACGGUGACGGCAGGCGCCGUGUUCUCCCGCUUCAUCCUCACUGGCGUGUGGAAGAACCUGAUCGACGUGCUCUCCACGCCGCUGACGGGUCGCAUGGCGGGAAGCUCCAAGGGCCUGGCGUUCAUCCUGGGGGCCGAGGGGGUGAAGGAGCAGAGCCAGAGGGAGAGGGACACCAUCUGCCUGAGUUUAGACGGCCUCCGCAAAGCUGCUGCGCUCAGCUGCGCCUUAGGUGUGGCAGCCAACUGUGCCUCAGCUCUCGCCCAGAUGGCUGCAGCCUCCUGUGUUCAGGAGGAGAAGGAGGAGAGGGAGGUGGGGGAGAUGGGAGACACCAUCACACAAGUGAAGCAGCGUGUGGAGCAGCGUCUGGAGCAGAUGGCUCGUCCUCAGGGAGUCCGGUUGCACACGGCUCACGUGCUGUGCAUGGACGCCAUCCUCAACGUGGGGCUGGAGAUGGGCAGCCACAACCACGACUGCUGGCCCCAUGUCUUCAGGGUGACGGAGUACAUCAGCUCGUUGGAGCACACACACUUCAGCGACGGCUCCCUGCAGCCCUCCUCUCUGACCACCAUCAUGCAGCAGGGGGGGGCGGUGGACCUGGGGACGGAGCUGAGCUGCGAGCCCAGCCCGGAGGCCUCGGAGCUGGGCCUGAGUCAGCCCGUCAUCCAGCCUCUGUCCAUCCAGGAGCUGCUGAGGGAGAGCCGGGGCCGGGGCCUGGAGCUGAGGGGGGGCAGCCUGAUGACGGGGAACAGCGCCGCCAAGGCUGUGUGCACGCUGUCCACUCAGGCCGACAGGCUGUUUGAGGAAGCAGCCACUAAGCUGAACCUGGUGGGUCUGGUGGGUUUCCUGCAGCAGCUCAGGAAGGCCUCUCAGUGUCAGCUGUUCCACUCUGUGACCGAGACCGGAGACUACUCACUGGCAAUGCCAGGAGAGGCCAAGUCGACUCUGGAGCGCCGCAGUGCUCUGCACCUCUUCCGGCUGGGCGAGGCCAUGCUGAGGAUAGUCAGGAACAGGAACCGGCCCCUGCUGCACAUGAUGAGGGCCUGGAGCGUGGUGGCCCCCCAUCUGGUGGAGGCGGCGUGUCACAAAGAGCGCCACGUUUCCCAGAAGGCCGUUUCCUUUAUCCACGACGUGCUAACAGAGGUGCUAACGAGCUGGGCGGAGCUUCCUCUCUUCCACUUUAACGAGGCGCUGUUCAGACCCUUUGAGCACAUCAUGCAGCUGGAGCUGUGCGACGAGGACGUGCAGGACCAGGUGAUCACCUCCAUCGGGGAGCUGGUGGAGAUGUGUUCCCCUCAGAUCCUGUCGGGCUGGAGGCCUCUGUUCAGCGCUCUGAGGACAGUCCACAGCAGCAAGUCGGACACUAAGGACUACCUGCUGGGGGAAUACUCCAUGGGUAAAUCCCAAGCUCCGGUGUUCGAUGUCUUCGAGGCGUUCAUCAACACCGACAACAUCCAGGUGUUCGCCAACGCAGCCACCGACUACAUCAUGUGUCUGAUGAAGUUCGUCAAGGGCUUAGGGGAGCAGGACUUUAAGGAGAUAGGAGACUGUGUCCAUGCAUCUGGUUUCAGCUCCACUGACCUCUGCCUGCCCGCUCUGGACUAUCUCCGCAAGUGUUCACAGCUGCUGGCGAAGAUCUACAGGAUGCAGUCGAAGCCGGUGUUCCUGGGGGCGCGGCUCGCCAGCCUGCCAAUGAGAUCGCAGGAACGCUCGGUCAGCACGGAGGACGGGAUGGACUGUGUCCUGCAGGAGUUCGACGACGACACAGGUCUGAUCCAGGUGUGGAUCCUGUUGCUGGAGCAGCUCACAGCAGCCGUGUCAAACUGUCCUCGCCAGCACCAGCCUCCGACCCUGGAGCUGCUGUUCGCUCUGCUCAGAGAGGUCUCCACCGUGCCAGGUCCCGGGUUCGCUAUCUUCUCCGUCAUCCAGCUGCUGCUGCCCGUGAUGUCACUGUGGCUGCAGCGUAGCCACGGCGACCACUCCUACUGGGACGUGGCGGCGGCGAACUUCAAGCACGCCAUCGGCCUGUGCUGCGAGCUGGUGGUGGAGCACGUCAACAACUUCAUACACUCAGAUAUUGGUUACGAGUCUCUGAUCAACCUGAUGCUGAAGGACCUCUUUAAGCUGCUGGUGGCCUGUGUGUCGGAGCCUGCAGAGACCAUCUCCAGAGUGGGCUGCUCCUGCAUCAGGUACAUUCUGGUCACAGUGGGUCCGGUGUUCACAGAGGAGAUGUGGAGGUUAGCCUGCUGCGCUCUGCAGGACGCCUUCUCUGCUACACUGGAGCCUGUCAAGAACCUGCUGGCCUGUUUCCACAGCGGCUCGGACAGUUUCUCCGGAGACGCCUGCGAGGUGAAGGUGGCGGCUCCGUCCCACUCUCCUGCAGCCGAGGCCGAGUACUGGAGGAUCAGAGCCAUGGCUCAGCAGGUCUUUAUGUUGGACACCCAGUGCUCUCCAAAGACGCCCAACAACAAGGAGGGCUUCGAGCACGCUCAGUCCUGCGUGCUGAUCAUCGAGCUGCCGGCCGACCAGCAGUCCAACGGACACGCUCAGAAGAGGAUCCCCUUCCGCACCAUCGUGGUGAGCCUGCUGUCGCACCAGGUUCUCCUGCAGAACCUGUACGACAUCCUGCUGGAGGAGUUCGUCAAGCAGCCUGAGGGAAGUGAGAGGGUCACGCCGGUGACCUCCGACCCCAGCAGGGCCUCCGCUGGCUUCCUGCGCUACAUCUCCAUGACCAACCUGGCCAUCAUCCUGGAUCUGCUGCUGGACUCCUACAGGACGGCGCGGGACUUUGACACCCGGCCCGGUCUGAAGUACCUGCUGAUGAAGGUGUCCGGUGUGUGUGGAGCGGCCAAUCUCUACCGUCAGUCGGCCAUGAGCUUCAACCUGUACUUCCAGGCCCUGCUGUGUGCUGCGCUGAGCCAGGCCGACAGCAUGACGGCACAGCAGGUGAAGAGGAUGCUGUAUGAGGAAGAGGAGGGCAGCUCCGACUCCUCUCACCCCGGAUCCGCCUCCUCAGAGGAUGAAGACAUCUUUGAAGAAACAGCACAGGUGAGCCCCCCCCGCGGCAGGGAUAAGCGUCACCCCUGGCGGGCCCCUGUCCCCUCCCUCAGCGUGCAGCCUCUGAGCGGCGCUGACUGGGCCUGGCUGGUGAAGCGUCUCUACAAGCUGUGCCUGGACCUGUGCAGCAGCUACAUCCAGAUGCACCGCGACCUGGAGAGCACCCUGGAGGAGGUGGCUCUGCUGAGGGGGGGAGGGGGGGCGGGAGAGCACGUCUUCUUCCUGCCUCUCUUCCAGUCCGAGACCUCCACCCCUACGUCAGCAGGCGGGCUGUCGGCGAGGGAGACGCCAUCAGAGGACGGGGGGUUCCGGUGUCAGGUGGCGGACGGCACGGCGUCACCCGGAGACACACCCACCCCCAGCCCCGGAUACAGCUGCACCGGCAGUCUCCCCCUCAACCUGCGGUCGGGAGGAGACAGGAGGGACUCCACCCCCACAGGAAGCUCAGUGGGAGGAACACUUGGAGCCGCCGGGCCAGGGGGGAGGAGGAAGGAGUGGUGGGAGAGCGCCGGGAACAAACUGUACACCAUCGCCACAGACAAAACCAUCAGCAAGCUCAUGAUGGAGUACAAGCGGCGGAAACAGCAGCAGCAACAGCAGAGCAACGUCAACCUGUUCAUGAAGGAGCAGGGCCGUGCUGCAGGGGGGGGCGGGGCGGAGCAGCAGAGGCCCCCGCAGAGGCCCCAGCAUCUGGUGGACCAGCAGGGGCCACCACUGAGGCACUCUGUCAGCGCCGGGCCGGAGGUCCUGAGGCAGGAGAAGAGACCCCGAUCAGGGUCCACCAUCAGCUCCCACAGCAUCACCCUGAGGGACUCGGAGGCCCAGAUACAGGCGUGGAACAACAUGGUGCUGACCCUCCUGAACCAGGUCCUGCUGCUCUCGGACUCGUCCUUCCUGGCCCUGCAGCCGGCGCUCUACCCCUGCCUCAGCCAGCUGUCCUGUCACGUGACCGACGCUCGAGUCCGCCAGGCGCUGCGCGAGUGGCUGGGCCGCGUCGGCAGACUCUACGACAUCAUCGUGUGACGUCACAGCGAAGAAAUGCACCGAUGGAGAGCGCAGUCAGUGAAGGACGUUCAAAUUGAAAGGAGAAGGAGGUUGGUUCAGUGCUGUCAUGUGACGGCACCGCUGAUUGAUGAUUGGCCGAUGUAAUGCCAAUGUGAGCAUCAGAAAAAAUCUGUCUAUGGAUUUGUGGCCCCUUUUGAAGAACAUCAUGUGACUUUAAAUGGGAGGUUUUGAUUGGCAGAUGAAGAACAGAGGAUUCAGUCGCUUUGGUUAUGAUGGACAUGUUGUUUUUUAAAGGGAACGUGCCUCUUGUUCUUUAGUUCUUGUACCGUGUCAAAAGCUUUAAAUAUGAUUUACUUUUUAUCAGUCCUGCAGAAAGCUGAUUUGCAGAAUGGCUCAUAAUCUUAUGAUUGUAUUGUCAUAUUAUCCAAAGAUGCUUCCACCGGGGGAUGAAUAAUACACAAAUUACAUCAAGCUUUUGUUUCAUCCGUACGGAAGAGGAUUAGGGCUGGAAAAGAGUUUGGGAGAUCUGCCCAAAAGUGUCAGAAAAAAACCCUUUUAGUUCUGAGAGAAAGUCAGAAUUGAGAGAAAGUCAGAAUUGAAAGAAAGUCAGAAUUGAAAGAAAGUCAGAAUUGAGAGAAAGUCAGAAUUGAGAGAAAGUCAGAAUUGAGAGAAAGUCAGAAUUGAGAGAAAGUCAGAAUUGAGAGAAAGUCAGAAUUGAGAGAAAGUCAGAAGACAAAAUGCUAAAUGAUUACUUUUCUCAGAAUUCAGACCUUUUUCUGAGAACUCAAAGAAAACACAUUUUUGGGUCAGAUCUCAACAAUAAAAGGUCAGGUGUGUCCCUAAAUCUCUUCCGUAAUUCCUGAUGUGGAUGCAGACAUAAUCGUGGACAAAAACAAGGAUUUAUUUUCACUUUUACUCGUUACUUUUUCUUCUGACUGCAAAGACACCUUUCAGAGUGACCUCAGCUAAUCUCUGAGCUACACAGCGUCAGAUCAUCAGCAACAAAUCCAGCUCAAUGAGGUCAACAAGUGUCAUCAUAUUUCAUAUAAUGUCAUAUUAUUUAUUUACUUCUGCACAAUCAGAGAGUGAGGCCCGUUAAAUCUGCCGGAGACCUGUCUUUGCAUCCGAUCUGAAUCUGAUUAUAUAUUAACGUCGCUGCGAUGCAUUUUCUAUAUCCGUCUGUACUCCGUGCUUUGGACAGAAUGUGUAUUUAUUGUCUGAACUCAAACUCUCUGGAUCAAGUAUUUAUUUAAACCAAAUCCCACAAACAGAAUGUGUAUUUUGAGAGUCAUAUCAUGUGUACAUAUAUUAAUGUAAAUGAUUUAUUAUUUAAGAUAUUUAACGUGUCAUUUUUGGCAUUUUCUAUUCUCUUGUGAGUUGAAUUUUAUAUUUUACUUUCACUCCAUGCAGUAUGUGCUAACUGACUGACAUGAGCAAGGCACUAUGGCAGUGUGAGGUCAGAGGUUUGAUUCCCACAGUGAGAGACACUUGUACCAACCAUUGUUGAAAGGCCAAAGAGAGAUCAGUACAUGACAGCUGAAACCGUUCUCUGUCAUCAGAGGCGAAGAAACAGCUUUUACUUAAUUUCCUUUCCAAUAUCAAGCCAAAACGUAUCAAUUGUACUCAUAAUAUUUCAACAUUUACACCACCAACUAAGCAACGUCCUGCUCCACACAGGAUUCACCCUUCAGAUUUCAAUGACCCUGAGCCCUCUCUGAAGACCUCCUGCUGUCUGCAUGUGUCGGCAGAAAGGUGCCAUCUGUAGGUUGUACGCUUGUAUACUUAUAGUUAAAAUGCCACUAACAUCCCAGUGAAACAGUCAUGAAGUAUGUUUGGAUCAAAGACAUUGCAAGUGUUAUUAAUCCCUUUAAAUCUCAGAACGGUUACCAAACAGAGAUUAGGUUACGCAGAGAGAGCAGAAUCUGUACAAACUGAUUUAUGCCCCUGUGCUUUUUACAAGAGAUUAUCAGAGAGGGAAGCAGAGAGAGUGAACUGAAGCUGAGGGGGGGGCUCCUAACAAGAUUUACUCUCCUUUCCUCUCAGUUUCUCAUCAUCUAAACACUUUGUCUCUUUUGUCUGCUCUCCUUUGACUGCUGUCUGUCUGGUUCAUCCUGACCAGCUGGGAUUCUGCAGACCUCAUCUGUGACUCCAUGACUGAAUGCUACAGGUUGAGGCAUCUUUCAAUUAAGCAAUUGUUCAAAUCCACAGCUGCCUUUCAGACUCUAGUGUGUUCCAUAGGUUUGAGUGCAUGUAAAUGGUCUGCAGAGGCUAAAAUCCCAAAGUUCCGGAACAUGGUGACAUCACUAUAUAACGCACGCGCUUCUAUUGGCUGGCGCUCCAACACAUUGUGCGUGAUAGGCGAAGGGGGCGGGACAUCUCUAAGCGGGUUGACCAAUCACAACAGAGCCGGCCAGUUAACCAAUCAGAGCAGACUGGGCUCUGGUUUUAGACAGAGGGUGAGCUGCAGCACAGGCAGUAUGAGAAAAAUACAGAGUUUUCUGAACAUUGAAGGAGACAUGUCCCAGGAGAGACACUACAUACUACCAACCUAAACAUGGGAGCACCUUUAAGUGAGCCUAGGGUAACGUGGGGUUGUAAAACCAGAAAAUCCUCAUUUCUGACUACAUUAAUUGUCCCUGACCGGUCCCCAAGUGUCCUAUUUAUUUCUGUUUGAGGGCGAGCAGUGGGUGGACAGAUGUUGUCGGCCGUCAGUGUGAUCAGCAGCAGAGAGCAGGAUUUAUUCGGCGUUAAGUCGCUGACAGCUUCUAUAAAUACGGCAGUGUAAUGGUCGCCGUCCUGCAGCAACAGUUCGCUUGGUUUCAUUCAGACGCUUUAACUUGCACUUCUACUACGAACAUAGUUGACAUGCAUAUCGCAGAGAUUAAGAUGGGGUGCAGAGGUUGUGGCACGCUGGACUUCAUCACACGCUUCAUCUGUAAGCAGAUUGAAGCACUCAGUGUCGUUCAGUUCUGAGGAGAAAUCCGUCCGUUGUUGCAUCACCAGAAAGAUUUUUAUCACAAAGUCUUUGCAAGAUGUUAAGCUCUUUUUGUUUCUGCUUCAUCAAUGUUAGAGCUCAUCUUCUGUCUUUUUGCAGGGAGAAAAGUAAUCGCAUUUCUGCGCAUGAUUUACAGUCAAUUCAUCAACAGUUCUGUUGUGAAGUGGAGGGAUUACCGGGACAGAUUGAAGGCAGUGGGCUGAUGGAUGCUCAGAGUGCUAGAGAAGCUAGUUACAGGAGAAAGGUUUUCUCAAAACCUCUUCAGGAAGGAGUGAAAGCAAAGAAACACAAGAUAUUAUUUCUGGAAGUCAAAAGGACAUUCAGAACUAGAUGAAAAAAGGCCAAAAGUACAAUCAGAGACAUUUCUUUUUAGCCAAUAAAGUUCUGAAAUGUUCCUAACAGAAGCAGCCUGCUUUGAUUUGGUUUAUUUCUGGCUUAAACUCAAUAUUUCCAAGGGUAAAGAAGAAGGGUAAGUCAGGUUUUAGGAGGGUUCAGAGGACAUGGUGAUGAAACACCUGCAGGACAAAAGGAGUUUAGUCUUGGUGUCUCUACGGAGUAUUUCUGCCGCUGUGAUGAAGUAAACUGCUCUUACGGUAGAGAUCAGCAAGAUAGGAUUUAUCGGCUUCGAUGAUCUAACCAAUGCUGUGUUGAGUUGCAUUGUGGGAAGUGUAGGUUUCACUUCUUGGAUCAAACUCCAAAACCACCAUUAGUCAGGAUAUCUCUGACUUUUUUGUAUGAUUUUCACAAUUGGUUUUAAAACGUGUCAGUCAGAGUGAUGAGAGAAAGUAGUCGAAGUCACUAAUAAUUGGUUACUCCUGUUUAACUGAUCUCUAAUCAAACAUGCGUCAGAUACAACAUGGAAAUAGCUGUCAAAUCAUAUUAGUUGGUGCAUUCAGGUAAUUCCAUGGUACUUACAAAAGCAGCCCACAGGUGAAUGGGGUGAAUGACAUGUAGUAUGUAAAGCGCUUUGAGGGGUCGAAAAGACUGGAUAAAGCGCUAUAUAAGUACAAGUCCAUUUACCGUUUACCGUUUAACCGCACCUUUGUUGAUUUAGAUAGAAACACUGGAUCUGCUGCUCCUGAACCACUGGCCCUGAUGUCAAAGGUUGUGUCCCAUCAGUCAGUGUAACUUCACUCCAAAGACAAGGUGUGUGUCACAUUUGUGACUCCCUCCCAGUCGCAGAGGAAGGGCUUUUCUAGGCUGUUUUUGGAACGGCUCCACUGUACAAAUGUAAGAUAUCUCCACCAGUAUCCCUGCAUGACUGUGCAGACGUUCCUGACGUGAACGCAGCUUUUCUGCACACUCACUCGGGUGUUUGUUAGACUGUUUGCUUCCUCCUCCGCUGACCUUGAACGCCCCGCUGUUGGACCGGUCAGCUAAUGUCGUGGUUGUGAUUUCUAAAAGUGUAUUUUAUUUUCUGCUUUUGAUAUGAAAGUAAAGCUCCUGUAAUCUCUCCGUCUGGAGUUUCUACCUGCUCUGGCUGUGCCUGUCCGCUCUGUGUUGUACAAUAAAAGCUGUUUAUCUCA